CCACUUCUGCGCCGGGCUCCGAGCUCAGGGCCCAUGGGGACCAGGGCGGCCGAGCCGUCGUGAGGGGCUGGCGGGGGUCGCAGCCCCUGCCACCCCCACCCGAGUCCGCGGCGCUCCGAGGCCGCUUCCCAGGGCCCCCGACCCGUGUCCCCACCCCGGGCUCGCCCUCCGGCUCGGUGUGCUGUGGCCGGGUAUGCUGAGUCACUCACUCGCUGCACUCACCGGGCAGCUGGCAGACGUCGAACCCAUCACGUCGGAAAUGCUUGUUGGACCCUGCUGUGUAGGGGAUGGCGCACACACACGGUGGGGCAGGGGGCUGAGCCGAUGAAUGGUCCUGGAGGACACCUGCCGUCGGCAAGACUUUGACCCCAACGAGUACGACCUGAAGUUUCAGAGGAAUGUGCUUGACCUCUCUCUCCAGUGGAGAUUCGCCAAUCUGCCCAAUAACGCCAAGCUGGAGAUGGUACCCAUCUCCCGGAGCCGCGAGGGGCCCGAGAACAUGGUGCGCAUUGCUCUCCAGUUGGACGAUGGCUCUAGGUUGCAAGACACUUUCUGCUCAGGUCGGACACUCUGGGAGCUUCUCUGCCAUUUUGCCCAAGUCAGGGAACGUCUAGAGCAGCCGUGUGAGGCCAGCCCGGUCUGUGUGUACAUGAGGGAUGAGGUGACCGGCAGAGCUGCCUUGCAGAGCACGACGCUGCAUUCGCUGGGCCUCACCGGGGGCAGUGCCAUCAUCAGGUUUUCCAUGAGGCGAUGUGACUCCGCUGGCAAGCAGGGGCCCGGGGCCUCCUGGAGCAGAAGCCCAGGAAGCCCGGUCCCCUCCACGUCACCCGACCAGGCAGCCAGCAGCCCUCUGCUUCCGCUGAGCUCAGCGGGGCUCAGCCAGGGCGAUGUGAGCCGUCAGGAUGGGGCAGCGAGCCCCGGGGCCGGCCGCGUGGAGGGCGUGGGCCCGAAGCCAGUGGACGCUCAGGCGAAGCAGAUCUCUAAGGAGCCCACACCAGCCCCCUUUGUUCCUUUCUCGGGUGGGGGACAGCGACUAGGGGGCCCCUCCGGGUCCGCGAGGCCUCCGAUGUCAUCUUCAGCCAAACUGCCAAAGUCCUUCUCCAGCCCCGCAGGCCCCUCCAAGCCAAAGAAGUCGAGGCCUGGCCAGGAUCCUCAGCCAGAGAUGGAGCCGCCGGUGGAUCGAGACCCCGUGGUGUGCCACCCUGAUCUGGAGGUGCUGCUCCAGGCCUGGCCCACGGAGCUGCCUGACGAGUUCUUCGAGGUGACCGUGGAUGACGUCAGAAGACGCUUGGCCCAGCUCAAGAGUGAGCGGAAGCGCCUGGAAGAAGCCCCCUUGGUGACCAAGGCUUUCAGGGAGGCUCAGAUGAAGGAGAAGCUGCAGCGCUACCCCAAGGUGGUCUUGAGGGUGCUGUUUCCUGACCGCUACAUCCUGCAGGGCUUCUUCCGCCCCAGCGAGACGGUGGGGGAUUUGCGGGACUUUGUGAGGAGCCACCUGGGCAACCCCGAGCUGCCGUUCUACCUGUUCAUCGCUCCUCCAAAAACCAUCCUGGACGACCACACACUGACCCUCUUUCAGGCAAACCUCUUCCCUGCCGCCCUUGUACACUUUGGACCUGAGGAGCCGACAGGCAUCUACCUGGAGCCCAGGCUGCUGGAACACACCAUCUCCCCAUCUGCAGCGGACGUGCUCGUGGCCAGGUGCAUGUCCAGGGCCGCUGGAACCCCACCCCCGCCGCCAGCCCCUGACCCUGUGCCCCUUGAGUUGGAGCCAACUGGUGAGGAAGGGGCGGUGGGGCCCCCUGAGCCCAGCCCUGGGACGGCCCAGCCCGUGAGGAGGGAUUUGGGCAAGGUGCCCAAGUGGCUGAAGCUGCCAGCCGGCAAGAGGUGAGAGCUGCCCAAGAGGUGAGAGCUGCCAGCCCAGAGGUGCCUACUCUGCCAGCCACUGGACCCCUGCCCACCCUGAGCGGGAAUAAACACGCGAGCCUCUCU